AUGUUUGGAUAUUUAGAUGCCCGUUUAAAACAAAUAUUUCGCUGUAGCGAGUAUUUUGGAGGUAUACCAUUAAUUGUUUUUGGCGACUUAAAGAAACUCUCGCCAGUAGGAGACAGAUGGAUUUUCUCCCCAAACCAAUCGGAUCCAUAUAGCGCAAUUACUGGCACACCACUAUGGGGUUUGUUCCGUUUCUUCGAACUCACCGAAAUAAUGCGCCAAAGAAAAGAUCAAGCAUUUGCCGUUACUCUCAACAACAUGUCCGAAGGAAAUAUGACAUCUGAUGAUAUUGAGCUCAUUAAAGCAAAAGAAACCAAUUUUAACGAGAUACCCAACGACUGUAUUCAUCUUUUUUAUUCCAACGCAGACAUAUCUCUAUAUAAUACUGCAAGAUUGGCUGAAGUCGCCACAGAAGAGUUUAUCUCUACAGCAAAAGACAGCGUGAAGGCGAACUUUGUUUCGGAGCGAAGUAAAACGGUUAUUUUGGAUGCCAUUAAAAAUUUUAAAGUAUCGGAGACACAAGGAAUGUGCUACAGUUUACAACUGAAAACCUCUGCAAAAUACAUGAUUACAGUCAACACUAAUACUCCAGAUGGUUUG